AUGCCCGAUCAGCCGCGGCGCAUUAUUCUGGAAAAAUCCAAGACAGUGCGCCGCCGGUAUCAGCGCAGCAACAAACGAUUCCAAUUUACAGCUUCACAGAUCGAACGCAUCGAACGCGAAGAGGAACGCGAAGCACGAGCUAAAAAGCUUAGAGAAAAGGAGAAGAAACGCCAAGCCAAUAAGAAGAAAAAAGCCGAAAAGGAAGCCAAAGAACGAGAAGCACGAAGACGACUCGGUCUCGCUGAUCCUCAUGCUCUCCCCCUUCCUUCCAGUCAGCCAUUGCUUUCCAAAUUUCUCAACAAGCCCGCAGCGAAACCGGAUACAGAGAGCGAGACUUGUGAGGAGACAGAGCUAGACAGCCACAGCCAGGGGAGUAUCGCAACCGAAAUUGACGAGAGCCUGCUUUCGGAUUUAGAUGUCGCUGCCUUCGACGAUCAGACGGCUGCAGGGGUAUCAGAGCCAGAUAAUCAUACAGCAAGCAAUGAUCAGAAGGGUCAUGUUGGUCCGUCUCAGGACGAUGACGACGAGUUCUCCGAAUGCUCGAUUUUCUACGACGAAGACAUCAUCAAAGAAGUGGAAACAAUUGCUACUGCACAAGAUACGGCAGGCAGGCUGGGGGAAAUAGAUCAGGCGACGAAAGAGCCAUGCAAACCUGCGUUAACAAUAGGAGAAUCAUUCCAAGAUGACACGGCGAUACUCCUUGAACAGUUCGGCCAUCAGUUCGGCAGCGAUGAGGAAUUCGAACAGGAAUUGAUUCGACUCGAUACUGUAUCCGUUGGAAACCCAUCUUGA